AGUUUAAUCUUUGACAUCUCACUGUGCACAGCUCAUCGCUAGGAGGAUCACAUAAAUAUACAAAUUGUUUAAAGGCAAUUUCUUAGAAACAUAUUUUCUAUUCGUUGUCAUCUAGAAUGGUCAACGAGUUGAACAGACCCCAAAAUGGGGACAAUGCCGCCCUGAGCGAGCGCCUGGCAGCCUCCAACCGGCAAUUGCAGGAAAUGCAGGAGGAGCAUCGCCAGUUGCUCCAGGAGAUGGAGACCCUACGAUUGCGUGCCGCCGAGCUCACACGCCUAAAUGCCCAGCGCCAACAACUGAGGCAGUCCGCCGGCGAGGAGGAGCAGUCCCAGGUGGAAGCUCCAGCGGAGCCGGAACCAGUGCCCACUUCCUCUUCUCCCGCUGAUCCUGCUACCGAGGAGGCUACUCCUUCUGUACAGGAAGAGGGCUCCAACGACGAUGACGAGGACAAGGAGGAGACGGCCAGUUACCUGCAGGAGAAACUGAACGAGAUCGCCAACCUGAAGGCUCAGUUCAAGCGGGUGCAGCACAUGGUGGACACCACCAACCUAAUUGAGCAGCACAUGUCCUCCAGGCAGACGGUGCAGGUGCAGAGCAGCUCCUCCGUUCAGAGCAGCCGCCAGACCACCACCUCAGAGGUUCGAGUGGCUGAGGGGAUUGAGGCUGGGCAGGCGACUGCCAGUCCAUCCACGACUGCCACUCCCGACAACGCCGAGCUCCUGAAUUCUAUGCUCAACAUGUUCACCGACUUCACCAGUGACCUGCGGGGUCAGGCGGAGAGCCUGCGGGCGGAGCGGGAUCGGAUCAGGACCCUCAAGGAGGACAUAAUCCAGCGCAAGCAGGGAAAAUAAUGGAAACUAUAGUUUAAGUUUGAAAAUCGAAAAGCUUUCGUUUAAGUCGCAUAAUGCAGAAACUCAAAUAAGGUAUUUCAAAUUGAAAAGCCAACAGCCCUUGAACUACAUAUUUGUAUUGUAUAAUUCCUAAACUGUAUAAUAAAGUUUCGCAAAACAA